UCUCAACCAUCAACCAUGAAGUUCCUCCUGAUCCUGUCAGUGGUGGCGGCGGCGGCGCUGGCGCGUCCCGAGGACCUGUAUGACGACAGCAACAUACAACUGGACGUGGAUGAGCUGAUCUCCAACGAGCGACUCAUGAAGGCAUACGCCGCUUGCUUCCUCAGCAAGGGACCUUGCACUACUGAGGGGAGCAAAGUUAAACAACUGCUCCCGGAAGCUGUAGAGAACAUCUGUGGCAAGUGCACGGCCAAGCAGCGCGGCAUGGUGCGCAAGAUGGUGGUGGCCAUGAGGGAGAGGCUGCCCAGCGAGUGGGAGCAGCUGGUGGCCACCUACGACCCCGAGGGGAAGUACCAGCCCAAGUUCGAGGACUUCUUGGCGUGUUUAUAUGUAAGUAUUUUAACAAAAUUAGUAGAGGACAUCUGUGGCAAAUGCACGGCCAAGCAGCGCGGCAUGGUGCGCAAGAUGGUGGUGGCCAUGAGGGAGAGGCUGCCCACCGAGUGGAAGCAGCUGGUGGCCACCUACGACCCCGAGGGGAAGUACCAGCCCAAAAUAAUAAUCCAUUCCACUAAUCAACCCACAGACACAAUGAAGCUGCUCCUCGUACCCCUUUCGCUCCUGGCUCUGUCCCAGGGUGCUCCGUACUCCGCCGAGCACGAUGACUUCGACGUGGAGCCCGUGCUGCGGGACCCGGCGCUGCUGAAGAGCUUCUCCGACUGCUUCCUGGACAAAGGGCCGUGUGAUGACAUACAGAGCCAUUUUAAGAAAAACAUCCCCGACGCCGUGGAAACAGCCUGCUCAUCGUGCACGGACAAGCAGAAGCACCUGAUGAGGAGAGUCCUGGAGGUGCUGACCGUGCAGUACCCUGACGUGGCCGAGCAGUUCACCACCAAGUACGACCCGGAGAAGAAGUACAUCCCCGCCCUGCUCGCCGCCGUCGACAAGGCCUAAUGAAUAAAUGGUAGACCCAGUUUCACCACACUCUGUUAGAUCAUAAUAAAGGAUUAGUCGUUGACUUUUGACACAUCUGUCAAGAAUUUAAAAUGGAGAUGAUGUAUAUUUGAUGAUAUUACAAUUUAAUAGGGGUGUUAAUGAUCUAAAAGACUAUGGUGAAACUAGGUUUUUGGAUGACGUGGUUGAGAUGUUAGUUGGCCAGUUGAUUCUAAACUUUAUUUAAUUUGAGUUUGUACUAUCGAUCAAAAUUAGGAAUAAAUGUUUUAAACCGAUA